AUGUCACUCCGCAGAAUUGGUCGUGCAACCUCGUCGUUAACACCACCCUGGCUUUUGUGUGCAGAUGUGCUACCAACCUCCUUUGACUACGAGGGUUUUUUUGAGCAGAAAAUCAGCCAGAAAAGAACAGACAACUCGUACCGUGUGUUCAACGACAUUAACCGUCUAGCCGAGCGCUUUCCAAAGGCUCGCACGCCGACAUUACCGUUUGGUGUGCCAACGAUUAUCUAG